UUUGUUUGACCUACCAUCAAGACUGUGUGCUGGUCAACGCAUCUGCAGAUACUGUUCGAAAGAUUCUUGGCUUAUAAGAAGUCACUUUUCGAGUUUUGAUCUUGGGAGAAAGUUUCGUGUGGAACAUGUGGAAGAUUGGUGUUGUAGUCGUAGUGGUGCUCCUUGGGGUGAUGAUGGAGACAGAUGCCAAGAAGCCCAGGAGGAGGAAACCACAGAAACCGGGACCUGAUGCAGAACUUCAGUCACUAAAGACGAACAUCUCCAGUCUGUGGACGGAGAUGCACAAGAAGUUGGAAUCACGUGUCAUGGUCCACGUGCACGGAGAUGGAGAUGACUCUACAGAAACGCAUAAAGGUCAGGAUGGGACGCACGUGCAUAUUCAUCUGCACGUGGAUGACCAUCAUGGCGGGAAUAGAGGUCAUGACGACUAUUUCGACCAUUUCGAGGACGACUGUGACGACGACUAUCACCAUGAGAGCCAUGAAGACAGUGAGGAAGGUCAUGCUCAUAAUGACAGCCACGAAGGUCACGAUCAUCAUGAUAGCCACGAAGGUCACGAUCAUCAUGAUAGCCACGAAGGUCACGAUCAUCAUGAUGGCCACGAAGGUCAUGGUCAUCACGACAGUCACGAAGGUCAGGGUCAUCGUGGGCAUCGAAGAGGAUGUCGAGGGAGAAAACAUGACGAAUACAUAUAUGGACGCUGUAACAUGGACAUGCGCAAUGAACCCGUCAAGUCCGGCCCCCCGUAACAACAUCACCGGCGCUAUCUACUUAAGACAAAAGUUUCAUGGGCCACUUGAGAUAUUGCUUCAUCUGCGGGGAUUCUACUUGCCUAGCGACCACAGUGACCAUUCCGUUCACAUGCAUGGGUUCCACGUGCACGAAUUUGGCGACUUCAGCAACGGCUGUACGUCCUCCAGCGGCCACUUUAACCCCUCAGGUGCUGCUCAUGGGGGUCACGAUGCAAAAACAAGACAUGCCGGUGACUGGGGAAACAUAUCUUGUGACGACGCCGGAGAAGUACACACAAACAUGACAGACAGGUACUGCGACCUCUAUGGACCCCGCUCCAUCAUCGGCAGAGGCCUCGUGAUCCACGAGACCGCGGACCACCUUGGACAAGCACCUGUGGGCAAGAAAGAUGGGAGGACACGUAGGAUAUGGAAACGCAUGUUGUACCAUUGCCAGGAUUGGCAAGGUCGACUGGGACAUGCUCCUUCAACACAAGCACUAAAGGGAGAAGACAUAGGUCCACUUUUGACAGACCUUGGGCCUGGAAUAAGAUUCCUCGAGGUCAUCUGUGAGAUCAUUGCAACACAAAGAUACUGAUGUGUUUCAAUACUAAUGUCUCAGCGUCAUUUUCUUUCAUUGAUUUAUAGCCCUACUCCAUUUCUAUACCCUCUCUAGAAUCAGUAGCUCGCUUUCCAAACGUAUCAAGCUUUGUAAAUAUGCCUUUUCAAAACUGAAAGACAUGUUUUUCCAAACCUUGGAAUAAAAGAAUUGCCGAGAAUGGAAUUGUUUCCAAGUUGUGGAUAGGUAUGAAGAACUAACACAUUUGCUGGAAAAGGUGGGUCAACUUGUUUAGUGUUGGACUUAUUAUUCGUUGCAUGUUCUUUUCAAGCUUGGAAUAGUUGUUAACUGCAAACGGGCUUGUGAAUGUAUACGUAUACUCGUUAUGUGUAAAUAACAUAACAAACUGGGAUGACCUGUGGCAAAUUAGGUUUAAAUUAUGUCAUUCGUGAAUAAUUCACUCGUGAAUUGUUGCAGUAAUGAUAUUAGGUGUGGACUCAAUGGUGGAGCAAUCCAUACAUGUUGUAAAUGCUUUGCAUGAAGGAUGGGGCCUGUAUUUUGGAAUUGUGUGCUCUUGUAUAAAAGGGCGGUGGGGUAGUCUAGUGGUUAAAGCGUCGGCUCGUCACGC